AUGCUCCUUUACCCAGGAAACCAUGGAGAGCCGGUGGCUGAGAACUUCCGCUUGGAGGAAGGUGAACUCUCAGAAGAGCUUAUAGAUGGACAAGUCUUGGCCAAAACCUUGUACAUCUCUGUGGAUCCUUAUCUGCGAUGUCGCAUGAAUGAGGAUACAGGGACAGAUUACAUACAGCCAUGGAAGGUCUCUGAAGUCCUUGACAGCGGUGGGAUUGGAGUGAUUGAACUAAGCAAAAACGGCCACCUCAAAGUUGGGGACAUUGUCACAAGUUUUAACUGGCCUUGGCAGACAAAGUGCAUCUUGGAUGGCAGCACAUUGAAAAAAGUGGACCCUAAUCUUGUGGAUGGCCACUUGUCACAUUUGUUGGGUGCAGUUGGAAUGACCGGAUUGACGGCUUUCCUCGGUGUGAAGGAGAAGGGUCAUGUGAUCCCUGAAACUAAUCAGACGGUGGUGGUGAGUGGUGCUGCUGGAGCCUGUGGUUCCCUAGCUGGUCAGAUUGGCCACCUCCUCGGCUGCUCCCAUAUUGUAGGGAUCUGUGGAACAAAUGAAAAGUGUGCCGUUUUGACCUCAGAGUUGGGUUUUGAUGAGGCGUUGAACUAUAAGGAACCAGGACUUGGAGAAAGGUUAAGGGUCUGCUGUCCUGAUGGUGUGGAUAUCUACUUUGACAAUGUCGGAGGAGAGAUCAGCGACAUUGUUAUCAGUCAGAUGAAGAAAAGCAGCCAUGUUAUUCUGUGCGGUCAGAUCUCUCAGUAUAACAAAGAUGUUCCCUAUCCGCCUCCUCUUAAUCCCCAAACAGAUUCCAUCCUGAAGGAACGCAACAUUACAAGAGAAAGAUUUCUUGUCCUAAACUAUUUAGACCAAGAGGAAUCGGCCAUUGUACAGCUCAGUGAAUGGGUGAAAGACUGGAAAGCUGAAGGUUAAGGAAACGAUUGUUCACGGGAUUGAAAAUACAGCAGAUGCUUUCCUGUCAAUGAUGAGAGGAGGAAACAUUGGAAAGCAGAUAGUCCAAGUUACUUAA